AUGAUAUUAGCUGAAACUUUGUUGUUCUCUCUGUCAUUAAUCGAUAGCGGUGCUAUAUUGUUCUUAUUAGUUUAUUUUAUUAUUACAUUGUCAGACUUAGAAUGUGAUUAUUUGAACGCCCAAGAGUGCUGUGAAAAACUUAACUAUUGGCUGUUACCAAAAUAUAUAGCUCAUUCUUUUAUCACAUUCUUACUCUUAUUACAUGGGCAGCUUAUCCUUUUCUUAUUGAAUUUGCCGAUGUUUAUAUGGCUUUCGUUCGAGUAUUUUACAAUACCGCAGGGUAACUUUGGUGUUUAUGACCCUGUAGAAAUUUACAAUCGUGGUCAGAUUAAGAAGCAUUUAAGAGAUGUUAUGAUCUAUAUAGGGUACUACCUAUUAUUUUUCUUUAUUUACCUUUAUUGUUUUAUAUUAGCGCUAUUAAAAGGAGAUCCAAUUCAGAGAGGUAGCGAAGACCAUAUCGUAACUGAAAUCUAA